ACAGGUGUUGCACAGACGUGUACAUUCGCUCACGUUAUUUUUAUUUUUAUUUUUAAAUAAAUGAUUAUGAAACCCGAAAAGGUGUUAAACUGCGUUGUUAAUUUUUCAUCCAAAAUGGCCAACAUUUAUCAACUUACUCCUGUCAAAUUGGGUUGUGAAGUUCGCGGUGUUAAUUUGAAAACCGAAAACCGACCAGAGGGUAAGUUUGGUCACUUUUUCUUCCACAAGAAGUUGUAACUAAAAUAAAUUAGAUACUUGCUGAAUCAGUUAAAGACAUACUGGUUAACCUAACCCUAAAAUUUUCAUUUCUUUAAUAGUUUAAUAAUGUUCUUCAGGCAAAUUUGUAAAUAAUAAGUCUAAGAAAAGCGCUUAGGUUCACAAAUAAUAGGUACUUAUUUAUUUAUUUAUUGAAAAUUCGUUCAACAGAUUCUUAAAAGAAUAUAGAACGUGUCAAUAAAGUCAACAAAAAUGAACAAUACAAACAAUCAAAUUAAUUAAAUCAUAAUAUAUCACAUCAAAUUAGUACUAAUUAAAACAAAAAUAUUAAAUACAUCAAUAUACAAACAAAUCAUCAUAAGUUAUUCUAAACGAAUCCAACGUUACAACGUUAAUACAUAUUAAUGUAGCAGACCUAACUCAACUAACCUUUCACUCCUUUCACUUACGAUUUUACUCGCCUUGUUUCAUAGAAGUCACUACGCUGCAUAAUUACAGAUAAAGCUAGUUAACUGUACCUGGACAGUUAAUCUACACUGGGUGAGUUAAGCCAAAUUAAUUCUAGAAGCUUUGAGGAGGGGGGCAUGGUGGUGAAGUGAUUAGAUCACUUGCUGGUAAUUAUAAAAAAAAAGGGAUGCAUCCGUAUAAAAAGCAAAUUAAAUGCUGUAAAUUGCAUUUUUUUUUUACUUCCCGGGUCCUUACAUACUUUCUAAUUAUUCUGUAAAACAUCAUUGCAAUAUUUCAAGUAGGGCCUAGUUCACCAUUAUACAUUUAAAAUACUGUAAAUUUGUGGGAACAUUCAAUUAGAAUAGCUACAUUUAAAAUACUAUAAAUGUGUGAAUGUUCGGCUAAGUUAGGUCGGCUACAUUAAUCACGUAUUAUGUAUUCAUUAGGCGCGGUGCACACCAGAGCGAUACGAUAGACGAUGCGAUAAACGAUACGAUACGCGUCGCGACGUGAAUACGACAUGGUUCCAUAGAAUGUGUGGCAACUAUAUGGAAGCAACGUAAGUAGGUGCACACUAGCACGAUAGCGAUACGAUAGCGAUACCGAUCGGCGUCGUAUCGUGGAGGCUACACAGCGUGCUGGUCGCGCCAGGCAACAGUAUCGCUUCGUGUUCCCUUCACGAAACAUGGCGGGUUUGCAGGAGGAUGUUGUUACGAUGAUUGCAUUUAUCAAACAUGUAGAAAACAAGCCUUGUUUGUGGAACUACACCCUCAAAACGUAUUCUAGGACAGAUGUGACUAGUUUGGCAUGGAAAAACAUAGUGGAAGAAAUGAAAGACACAGGUAAAUGACCCAUCAGGGUCAGGAGAAAAAAAGAAAAAAAAACUUUUACCUUGUAGCACAUCUUGCUUUCCCCCGUCCCUAUAUGAAGGGAACGACUACAUCAGGGAAUGCAACCGUACAAAAAGGGGAUCACGACGAGGAAUCAGAAAAUCGUCAUGAAUGGCAGACAGACAGUGAUUUACAACAAUCAACAGAUAGUGUCAUGGAAGAAUCAUUGGGUAUGCCAGAGGGUACACAUUAAGAUGUGGAUUCUGAAAUUCUUCAACAACCCCACGUGUCAAAGAAAGGAAAGUGGUAACCCCUACACACGACAUGGACAAAGCAUUUGUUGAAUGGCUUGCCUCGAAAAAAGAAGAAAGAACUAGGAAACUGGAAAAUGAAAGCGAACGAAAUGAUUCUGACUGGCGGUUUUUAAGGUCGUUGCUGCAUGAUUUCAAGAAACUGGAUGACAGGCGCAAAAUAAAUCUUAAAGCGAAAUAUAUUCUACAGCUUAACGAACAGUUGAAUGAUGCUGAGAGAGAAGCAUCAGGCAUGUUUUCUUCACAAUGUGAUCCGUCUGUUUACAGUACUCCACAUGAGAUACAUUGUCCUAUUCCAACCACUGUACUCUCAGCUAACAACGUUCACACAGUUUCACACACUGAUUGUUUACCCAAUAACAUCGACACAGUUUCAUUAACAAUAUUGCGUUAACAUUUGUGUGAUGCAAAUAGUGUUUUUUUCUUUGUUUUGAUUGUAUUAUAUUAUCUUCUUUUUCUAUACAUAAUAAAUGAAUGUAUACACUAUAUACCGCAACUUACUCUAUGACCUCUUAAUUGCUAAUAACAUAGUUUACUUACCUUAAUGUAAUAAGUAAUUUCUCAGCAGGUGAAACAACAAGCCUGUAUUUAGUGUCUUGGCUUCGCAGUUCCUCUGAAACUAGCUGCUCCAGAAUGCGAAACGUUUCUGUGCUCAUCCUAUACAUUUCAUGAUUUUUUUUUCCGCUUUGUCGGAGUUCUCGGCCAACCACAGCCGAAAUAUGUUUAAUAUUCAUCAUGGGUGGAGCCAGGGGGGGAGGGUUUAGGGGUUCAAUCCCUCCCCCCCUUUAGCACCAAAUCUUUAAUUAAUUUCUUAUUCAUCACUGAAACAAAUUUCAUAUUAAAAUUAAUAAAAUUUUUACCAUUACAAUAUUUAAAUUUAAGUACCGAAAACUGCUAAAAUAGCACUAUUUUACACCUUAAAAUCAAAAUUUUCCCGGGGGAGGACCCCCGGACCACCCACUUUAAUACGGGGGGACCAUGCUUCUUAACACCCCCCAUACACAAAUCCUGGCUACGCCAUUGAUAUUCAUGACAUUAUACGGAUGCACCCAGUACUUCCUUGCCCUUUUCCAUUUACGAAUUUUUAGGUAGCUGUAAGCCACUACAAAAAUCCUCGUCAAAACAAACUCAUCAUUACAAAUGAGACCUUUAUCGCUUUCUGUAUUGCCUAUAGCAUUGCUCUGGUGUGUACCUGAGAGUUGACAAGAUAAAAGUUGCGUUGCGCAAAGCGAUCCCACGCUUAUCGCAUCGCCUAUCGUAUUGCUCUGGUGUGCACCGCGCCUUACAUAUUCAAUGUACUUUAUUGGUGUACCUACUUUUUUUUUUUAAUUUUUGCAAGAAUCAGCAUAUAUGAAUGAAAUUGGACUAUCACAAAUAUUACAAAAUUUGAAGAAAUAUUAAAUAACACACCUUCAAAACUACUGACAAUCACUGACAACUUUAUUUCAAACAUCAAGCAAAUGUCAUGUUCUAAGUAUUCAAAAUAGCAGGUAUUCUAUCUUUUUACGAACAUGCUACUGAAAAAAAAAGAUUGAUAAAUAUAUAGAUUGUUCAUAUUUUCAUUGCUAUAGAGUGUACAUAUAUAUAGAGAUAUGGAAAGAGAUUUGUUAUAGGUAUGGUAUAUAUAAGAAUAUAUAUAGAAAGAGAUAUAGAGAUAGAGAAUUAGAGAGAGAAAUAGAGAGAUUGAGACAUUGCAAUGCAUGCCUGGCACAACUGAUAGAAUAAACCCUUUUAGCCAUGCGCUUGUGGCAGCCCUAGGCUUUGCGUGGUCCUAGGCCAUUUACUAUAGAGGAGCACUAGUAUUUUUGAUGGGUGCCAUACUGGGGGAGGGGGGGAUGUAUAGAAUCUUCCCUAGAGAGUAACAUGGUUAUGUGGCCCUCUACCGGGAUGUUUGAAAAAUAAACAGAAAGCAGGAGUUUGUAUGGCUUUCAUUUACCAUUUGAACAUGGUGAGCACCAAAAUAACUAAUGUCAUUAAGAAAACCUGGUUUAAACAAAAAAAAUCUAAAAGUCAGUCAUGGGGACUGUCGACAGAAGUGAAAACUGAAUUUUUUUUUUUUUUUUAAUGUGUAAUAUGAAAUUAUUUCCAUGUCAAAUGUAAGCAAGAAAAUGAUUUUGGUAUUAUAUCACUAGCAUGUCGGUGAUGCGAACCCAUAAGUUUUGCCCCUACCAAUAAUAACUUUAAAACUAGACUAAAUGAAGUUUUUUCAUUGAAGAGCCAUUCCGGCCAAAAUGGGAAUUCUUUUAAAAAAAAAAUUAUUUUUUCAAGAAAUAUGUAUAAAUUUUUUUAAUGUAGAUAAUACUUAAAAUUUAAGGAUAACACUGUUUAAUUUAAGAAAUAUACAAAUUUUAACAUGAUUUACAAGCAUUGAAUCUAGUGGUGUUGACUUUUUAAUGGCACUACAUUAUUUUCUAAGCGUUGGUAGUACCUACUGAAUAAAAAGAUAAGCUUUUAACAAAGUUUUGAAAGGUGCUAUGGUUCAAGAGAUGUUUUAAGUGUGUGCACUGGAAAUUUCAUUGAUACAGGUGAGUAAAUUCAAAAUGUAUAUAUUAAACAGUAAGUACAUGUUUGUAAUGUAACAUCCGUGACAGAAAACUUGAAAAAGUUUUUCUAUUCAGUAAUGGACUUUCAUUCCUCUAUAACAAUUAGGCCAUGUUGGCAUCUAGGUCAGGUGCUGACUGCCUACUAUCUUUAAGUCACUAUACAAUUUUUAAUAUUUAAAAAAUAAGUGUCACGGAUGUUACACAUUUAAGGUGUUAGCAUUUUUACCACCAGUAUUUAUAUGUCAGAAUGUCUCUGGGCUUUAGCCUACAUCAUCAUAACCUACAUAACCUAUAUUUCAGUAUGUGAUGGAUGUAAAUAACCUACAUUAUCCCAUUUUGUUGCAGAUAAUGGCACCUGUCACAUCUGCUGCAAGAACAGCGAAGAUGAGAGCAGAAAUGGUCGGAAAAUACAGAGAGGUGGGCUGAAUAUUUGAAAAAAGACAGAGAAAGAAAUUGGUUGAAGAGGCAAGCAGAAAAACAGAAGUGCAUUAAUGAUAAGAAGCUAUUAAACACUAAACGAGAAAAAACAAGACUUAGAGUGCAGGAAUGGAGGAAGAAGAAAAGACUAGUAACCAACAUUUGUAAGGAGCCUACAAACCUUUCAGCACUGGGUUCCUACACUUCUACCAGCACACUUCGUAAAGCUGUCCACAAGGCACGUAAGAACUUGCCAAAUAGUCCUACGAAGAAACAAGCUGUUGUUAGGCAAUUGAUGAAAGAAAUUUUUUCAACUCCAGAGGAUGAGCUUUUUAAAGCACAAAAAUUUCUAGCACCCAGGGGAAAAUUGUACAGAAAAGAAGAUUUGGAAACUGCAAGAAAUUUUUUUGAGAAUGAUGACAUUAGCUGGAAAACUUCUGGGAAAAGAGACUGCAUAACAGUGAAAAAUGAAGUCACAGGAAAGAAAGAAAAGAAGCAAAAACGUUUCCUUACGAUGAGUGUUGUUGAAGCUCACCAAAAGUUUUCUGAACUCUACCCUGAAAUACACAUAUCUCGUUCUAAAUUCUUUGAAAUGCGCCCAAAACAUGUAAAACCCAUUAAAGAUACUCCACAUAAUGUUUGUGUAUGCAUUAAACAUGCAAAUUUCAGAUUUUUAGCUGAGGCUAUCUCUCCUUUUUGUAUUGGUUAUCAAGGAAAUUCUUUAACACCAACAUCGCUGAUUCAAAUAAUGUGUUGUAAUACACAUGAAGAACGAUGCAUGACUAAUAAAUGCUCUGUUUGCCAUUAUGAUGUAAAAAGUCUGCUGGAACCACAUUCUGACUUUUCAAGGGAGGUGAAAUGGAAUAAAUGGAUAAAAACAGAGGGUCAGUUGGUAGUUGAAAAGGUAUCUUCAAGUCUACAAAACCUUGUAACACAACUAAAUACAUAUAUCCCCAAUUUCAAGAAGCAUGUGUUUGUAAAAUGUGAGCAAGCAAGAUACUUUGAGGACAAAAAGAAUAACUUAAGGAAAGGAGAAGCUGUGAUGCAAGUAGACUUUGCUGAGAACUACAGCAUCAUUUCCCAAGUGACAAUUUUUACGUGUUGCUUGUGGUUUGAGGACAUGGCAUUUUCAUAUGUGGUAGUAAGUGACGAUGUGAGCCAUUCCAAACAGUCAGCUUGGACUUUCAUAAAAACAAUAAUUUCUCACUUUCAGCAGAACCCAAAUGUGUCUUUGUGUGAUCUUAUAAUAUUUUCAGACAACUGUUCUUCCCAAUUUAAGAGCAAGUAUACAGUUUUUAACAUGUGCUUUUUGGCUGACGAUCUCAAUGUGAAGACUGUAGAGUGGAACUUCUUUGCUGCUGGUCACGGAAAGGGUGCAGUAGAUGCCAUCGGAGGCCAAGUAAAAAGAAUGGUUUGGACAACUGUCAAGGCUCGACGUACUACCGUCAAUAAUGCUGGAGAAUUCUUCAAUGUAGCUCAAGCUCAGUGCAAGUCCACUGAGGUACUUUACGUAAGCAAAGAAGAAAUAGAAGAGACUUCAGUGUUUCUGAACAAUCGGUGGGAGAAAGUGAGAGGUACGACGGGUAUAAGAGAAAUUCAUUACUUCAGGAAAAUCGAUGACUUGCAUGUUGCUGCUGGGUUUACCUCAACGUCUGCCAAAAGUAAAGUUCAAGUUGCUUUCAGAGGCAAAGCAGCGAUGACAAAUCAGAAGUGUAGGUGGAGUGAUGUGUAUUCUUCUGAUACGGACAACAGUGUUGCAGAGUCAAAGUUUGAAGAUUUUGAGCAAUCUUGUGAAGAUAAUACUACUGAACUCUUUCAUUCCUCAAACACAGAUGACAAUCAUCGACCCAUUAAAAUUGCAAAUAUUACUGCUGGUAUGUAUGUAAAAGUAUGCAUUACUGGUCAUGGAAAGUCCAAAGCUAGCCAUCAUUAUUUUGCAAUAUGUCAAAGUGCAUUGAAUGUAAAUGGUGAUCUACGUGUGCUCUUCUUGAAACAGUAUGGUAAAAGUGGAAAGUUAUUUGUUCCUGAUGAAGACGAUGAGAGAGAUGUACAUGUUAAUCAGGUGGUAUGUACUAUUCCAAUCCCAGACAUUAAGGAAAUAGGAAGCAGAGUGGUGUAUAAAUUCAAAGACAAAGUUUGUUUGUGAUGUGAUGUUCUUACAGUUCAAUAUAUUAUGUCUUUAAAUUUCUGUACACUUCAAAUGCUUUAAAUGUGUAAGUAUACAUACUUGGCAUGUGUUUUCUUUAGUUGGUUAAAUUAGUAAUUUUAGUCUCUUUAUGUUUAUAACAGUUAUAUUCAGUAUUUUUACUUAGAAUUUUCAAAUUGGCCUGUAAAUUUGGGAAAAUUUAGGAUAAUAAUACCAGCUGUAACAUCCGUGACAAAAUGUGUGUAACAUCCGUGACAUGAAAAAAAGAGCUAUAAAAUAUUUACUGAAUGUGUUUUCUUUGCGUUCGUGAUAGUUAUGAAACUACCAUAGCUUUCAGACAAACAUUAUGGAUAAAAAAGUAUUCUUGUGUGAGGCAGAGACCAGAGUUUUUUUAUUUCAUUUGACAAUGCCCGAGGUGAGUUCACAAAUUUUGUAACAUCCGUGACACAGCCUUUUAUUAAUUUUUUUGCAAAAUUUGUAAAAUAUAGUCAACAAAAUUUUAUCUGUAUGAAGAUAAAGAUAUUUUACAUGGAGUCCAGUAAUAAAAUAAUGCAAAAUAAAUUCUAUUUUGAACAUAUUGAAUUUAAAAUUAGUACUAAUGUAACAUCCGUGACAACCGGAAUGGCUGUGAAAGAAUAAAAAAAUAUUAUCUUAAAUCUACAAAUAAUCAACGUUAUCUCUAAUAAAUAAAUAACCUGACAUUUGAAGAAAUUUACAUCAUAAAUAAAUAAACAAAAGAAAAAACGUAACCUGAACUUAACUACUUACUAAAAAAUAUCCAAUACUCGCAAUAUGUACCACACAAUAACGUUAAAAUUUCCUUGGAAAAUAAAGAUAAACUUAAAAACUUGUAUCUUUAAAAAUAGAAUAAAUUGAGUUUUAUCCUUGAAAUAUAAAAACAAUUAACACGUCACGUGACCAUAUCGAUGACGACCUACAUGAAUUUACUCCCUAUCCAAACCUUCCUAUAGAAGUUUCACUUCAAAAACAGAUUGUUUGGUAUUUAAGAAAAAAAUACCUGGUUUUUUUUCCUAACCUGGUAAAAAGUCAGGCAACUGUUCAGCACCAUGAACAUGGCUAUUAGGUAAUAUUUAGUGAAUAUACUUACAGGUAAAGGUAUACAAUAAUUUUAUUGAUAAGAAAAUGAAAUAACAAACAUUGCAUAAAAGACCAAGUCUUAAUUUAUGGAUGUGUGUGGUAAGUUAGGUAUAGUUUCAUUUCUCAGCUGCCUCACCCCUUUCCCCCUUUUCUAUUAGCUUAAGGUUCACACUCUUUGAUCGGUGGUCUUCUCCUGUUACUCCCGUUUCCCUCACCCAUUCAUUUCAUCUCUGAUCCGUUCUCAUCGCAUCUCAUCAUCUCUAAUAGGUACCUCAAUGUCAAUGUCAUGUUAAGCUCUAAUUCAUUCAGUCAUCUAAAUAACCACUGGCAUUAAAGCAGGGUCAUUGGCAAGCAACAAAGUUUUAAGAGAAUCAGCUCUAAGAACUCAAAAACUUCUAUAAAAAAACACCAUGAACACUUUAAAACAUGUUUAAGUGCUCAACAAAAAAGUAGAAGUCCCCAUACCCCAUACCUACCCCUAAAGGUUAAGUUUAUGACUAAACUAGUUCAUCAGUUUUGUCUGGAAUAUUAGAUACUGUAAGCCAAUUUACAAUCUAAUUUUUAAAACUAUUUAAUUAGAAUGAGCAAAAACACCCACAUAAAACUUAGUGCAGGUUGAAACAAUUAGCAGCAUAUUUAUUAAAAUUCCAAUUAUAUGUCAAGACACUCUCAAAAUUAAAUAAUUUUUAUAUUAUGAAAGCUUUUAUUCUUCCAUCUGAAACUGAAAACAAAAACAAAAAUUAGUUAAACGUAUGUUUUUUAUGCCUACCGCAUUUCUUGUGAUCAUUGGUUGUGUGUGUACGU